AUGGCCCGGCAUCGGGUGGUGGCGCUGGGCGGCAAUCGGAGCCAUCUGGAGAGCUACGCGCGCGAGUUCGCCGCCGAUCCGCGCUGCGAGCUGGUGGCGGUGGCCGACGAGAGCGACGUCCCUCAGUAUCGCGAGGGGUUGAACAGGCUCCUCGCGGCCGAGCUCGAUGUGCCGUACCUCACGCUGUCAGAGGCGCUGGCGCUUCCCGGGGUUGACGUCGUCGUGAGCUGCGUCGACAUCGAACGGCGCUCGCGCGUGGCGCGGGCGGUACUGGCCCGCGGCACGCACCUCUACUUGGACAAGCCCCUGGCCGGCAGCGUGGAGGAUGCGCGGGCGAUCGCGGACGCCGCGGAUGCGGCCGGGGUGGUCACGCAGAUGCUCACCACCGUGCAUGCGCCCUGGGCCCAGGAGGCCAAGGCCGCCGUGCGCUCGGGGCGGCUCGGGCGUAUCGGGGCGGUCCACUCCGACAUGCUGAUGGCCAAGGGCCGUCCCGGCACCGUUCCAGCCGCCACCGUCCGCCGCGAGCACGGCUCGGACGGCACGUUUACCCACGUCGCCGCGAAGCGCGAGCUGUUCGACAUGGGCGUCUACCCGGUGGCUCUCAUUCAUUGGUUGACCGGCAGGCGCGUCACGUCGGUCUACGGCGUCACCGGCAACUAUUUCUUCGCCGAGCAUGCGGCGCUGGGGAUCGAGGAUUUCGGAGCGCUGCUGCUGACGCUCGACGACGGCACCGUCGCGACCGCCUGCUGCGGCCGCAUCGGCAUGCCGUGCCAUCCGCAGGUCGGCGAGCGCCGCGUCACCCUGGUGGGCGAGGAGGGACUGGCCACCUUCACGGGAUCGGACCCGCACAUCGAGAUCUACAACACCGAGCCGGUCAUCACCACCGCGCCGGUGCACCCCAACGACCCGAUGCAGAUGUGGUCGUCCACGGCGCGGGAGACGCAGCCUCCAGCCAAGGACCGCCGGGUCUCCCUGCAACGCGAGGAGCGUUCGGACAUCGCGGCGUUCCUGGAUUGUCUGGACUCGGGCGAACGCCCGGAGGUCACCGCCCGCGACGCGUUGCACCACGUCGAGGUGCUGAUGGCCGGUUACGAAUCGGCGGCUUCCGGUCAGGCGGUCAGCAUCUGA